GGCGGCGGCGUGAUCCAGGCCGGGUUUUGCGCGCCGCCCGCCCUCCUGUUAGAAAUAGGAAAAUUCAAUAAUCAAAGCAAAGGGGAGCGCGAGGAGGAAAAAUCCGGGAUCAGGGCAAGUUUGAUGGCGCAUGCGCGCUGCAGCCUCCAUCCCAAACACACACACAUUUCCCUUGACUUGGAAAGUCACCCAAAGCAGCCCCAAGUGCAGGGCAAAGAGACUUCACCAAGUGAAGGGAGGCCAUCAGAUUCACACAGUCUUCAUCUGCAACCACCUCCAAAACAAAGAAUCUGACUUCUCUCCUGGCUUUGUACACUGGAAUGGACCUUGACGUCUGUGACUUCUCAAUGCAAGUAUGAAGUGAAUUUAGAGCUAAAAACGAGGCAAGAAACCUGGUCUUGAAAUCUCCGAAAGGCAGUUACUGGCAUUGCUGUAGAGGCAUCCUGAACGACGGUGUUGGAAAAGGAAGUGCACAGGACAGUCAUUCUGCAUUGUGAAAAUGUUUGAGACCCCCAUGCAAAGCUGUGCUCUGUUCUGACUCCAAGUCUCCUCAGACAUGGCCGAGGAAAAUGCAUCUGAAAGAACUAUAUGCACUGACGCAGCCUCAGGAAAACCCACAAUGGCUGCCAAGCGCAAAGGCGGCCUGAAGCUAAAUGCAAUCUGUGCCAAGCUGAGCCGCCAGGUCGUCUUUGACCACGGGGGAGCCGAACAGGCGCGAGCGGACAAGGGGCUGCAGCGGGAGAGCAGCAACAAGGACCUGCCUCAGCCUGGGUCCAAGGACCUGGGAACGGAGUUUUCAGAUGGACUCAGCCGCGUGCAGAAGAUUGAGGAGGACAAGAGGAGGGAGGUGAUUGAGAAGUGGGUGAAUGGGGAGUACAACGAGGAGCCCUUGCUGGGGCGAGUGGAGGGCAAGGAGUGCAAGAGCGCCGACAGUACGGAGGUGCCCCCCGAAGGGGUUUACAUGGUGCAGCCCAAGGGCUGUAGCGAAGAGGAAGAUAACGGGGAUGAGGCGGAUGCGCUGAGGGGCUCGCAGGACGGCACCUUCUUGGACGACAGGGAUUCGGAUGGGCCGGCCUCGAAAGACGAUGCCUACCGGUCCUCCAGUGGUGAGGCAGGCUCCAAGCUGGGGGCAGGAACCGCCUCAGGGGAAGCUUCAUCGCUGCGAGAUUAUGCCGCCACCACCAUGAAUGAGUUCUUGGGCAUGUUUGGCUAUGACGACCAGAACAUGCGGGAUGAGCUGGCCCGCAAGAUCAGCUUUGACAAGCUGAAUGCUGCUACCUCAGAGGCCACUGCGACCGCUGCCUCUCUCCCUGGUGAAGAUGCCAUGAGCAAACGAGCCCGCUUCUCCAAGUAUGAGGAGUACAUCCGCAAACUGAAAGCUGGAGAGCAGCUCUCUUGGCCCAUGCAUUUGGCUAAAUCUGAGGAGUUGGGCUCCAAGCUGGGCAAAGAAACUUCCUCAGUGCUGGCACAGCCCAUUCGGGUGCCAGGUCCAGAUGCCUCCAUGCUGACGGAGACCAAAGCCACCAUCCUGCCGCUGCCCUCUCCCAGCAGUUCCCAGAUGCAGGGCCUGAUGUCACGGGCCUCCAAAUAUGACUUCUUCAUUCAGAAGCUGAAGACGGGUGAGAGCAUCAGGCCACAAAAUGGCAACACUUACAAGAAGGCCUCCAAGUAUGACCUAGAAAACGUCAAGUACUUGCACCUUUUCAAGCCUGGAGAAGGAAGCCCAGAUAUGGGAGGAGCCAUUGCCUUCAAGACAGGCAAGGUAGGCCGACCUUCCAAGUAUGAUGUGAGGAACAUUCAGAAGCUUACUCCAGUUAAAGCUCCAACACCCAGCCUGGCCCCGGCUCCUCUCGCCAGUACCCCCAGCAGCACUCCCGUAGCUGGGCCAGAGCAGUCCGUCUCAUUGCCAUUCAACACUCCUGAGUACCUGAAAUCAACUUUCUCCAAGACAGACUCCAUCACAACUGGAACAGUCUCUACAGUAAAGAAUGGAUUACCCACUGACAAACCAGCUGUCAGCGAAGACGUAAAUAUUUACCAGAAGUAUAUUGCCAGGUUCUCUGGCAGUCAGCACUGUGGACAUAUACACUGUGCAUACCAGUACAGAGAACAUUACCACUGCCUUGACCCAGAGUGCAACUACCAGAGAUUCACUAGUAAACAGGAUGUGAUUCGGCAUUACAACAUGCACAAGAAACGUGAUAAUUCCCUCCAGCACGGCUUCAUGCGCUUCAGCCCCUUGGAUGACUGUAGUGUGUACUAUCAUGGCUGCCACCUGAAUGGGAAAAGCACACACUACCACUGCAUGCAGGUGGGUUGUAACAAGGUCUAUACAAGCACCUCUGAUGUGAUGACCCACGAGAACUUUCACAAGAAGAACACGCAGCUCAUCAAUGAUGGGUUUCAGCGGUUCCGUGCCACGGAGGACUGCGGCACUGUAGAAUGUCAGUUCUAUGGGCAGAAAACCACUCACUUUCACUGCAGGCGCCCUGGGUGCACAUUCACCUUCAAGAACAAGUGUGACAUUGAGAAGCACAAGAGCUACCACAUCAAAGAUGAUGCCUAUGCCAAGGAUGGCUUCAAGAAGUUCUACAAGUACGAGGAAUGCAAGUAUGAGGGCUGUGUCUACAGCAAGGCCACCAACCACUUCCACUGCAUAAGGGCAGGCUGUGGCUUCACCUUCACCUCCACCAGCCAGAUGACCUCCCAUAAACGCAAACAUGAGCGCCGGCACAUCCGGAGCUCAGGAGUGCUGGGCCUGCCUGCCUCUCUCCUGGGGUCCAAGGAUAAUGAGCAAGAGGAGUCCAGUAAUGAUGACCUUAUUGACUUCUCUGCUAUGAGCUCAAAGAACUCCAGCCUGAGUGCCUCCCCCACCAGUCAGCAGUCUUCCGUUUCUCUCAUAGUCCCAGCUGCACCCUCCUCUGCUGCUGAGCUUGCUUCCUCACAGGCCAGCAAGUCUGCCAACAGCAUGACACCAGCCACCAAGAUCUCCGGCCUGCUCUCCCAGGCUAUUCCCAGCAAUAUACCCUUGGCCCUGGCACUCUCCAACUCAACACUUCCUGGAACAGCUGGAUCCUUCUUCCCCAUCAUCCCCAGUCGGGUCUCUACACCGCUUCCUGCCAGCUCAGCUAAUAUGAUGACUGCUGGUUCUUCUGGCACCAACCCAACAUCAUCUGCUCCUACGGAUUCCUCAUCCCAGGCCAUCUCAGGAUCUGGUGAGCCAGCAGCUACUUCUUCUCCAGCUCCAGCAGCAUCUAUAAUGGAAAGGAUCUCUGCUAGCAAGGGAUUAAUCUCUCCUAUGAUGGCCAGGCUGGCAGCAGCUGCACUCAAGCCCUCUGUGGCACUUGAAGCAGCAGGGAAUGGACAGCCAGCAGCUACCGGACGGUUCAAUCCAGUUCAGGUGAAGCAGGAACCUGUGGAGGCCAUGGGAUCAUCAUCUGCCACCAGUCAGGACUCCUUGCAGGAGCACAGCUUGGACCUGAGCGUCAAGGAUCACGGUAAUGAAUCAAAUGGCCACACAGUCUCGGCAAAUUCAUCUCUUUUAUCCUCGCUUAUGAAUAAGAUGUCCAAGACCAGUGCCAGCCUUGGCAACCUGCUGAACAUUAAGACAGAAGGAGAUGGCAGCCAGGCUGGGGCUGGAGAGCCAACACAGUACUUGGGCAAGGCAGUGAAGGCACUUGUCCAGGAGAAGCUCUCUGAGCCAUGGAAGAUGUACCUGCGCCGGUUUGGUACCAAGGAUUUCUGCGAUGCACAGUGCGACUUUCUUCAUAAGGUGCAUUUCCAUUGUGUCGUGGAGGAAUGCGGUGCCCUCUUCAGCACCCUGGAUGGAGCCAUCAAGCAUGCCAAUUUUCACUUCCGAACUGAGGGUGGAACUGUGAAAAGUAACUCUGAGUCUCCCUUCUCAACUGCUACUGAGAAUAAAGCUUCACUGGCCCCUUCGUCACCAUCUGCUACUUCUGUCACCAUGGCAAGUGCUCCUGCCCUCGAUGUGCCCACUCCAAGUCCAGCUACUGUGCCCUCUGCCCCCACACUGCUAGCUUGGAAGCAGCUGGCUUCAGCUAUACCCCAGAUGCCUCAGAUCCCAGCAUCAGUGCCUAACCUGGCAACUUCACCCUUGGCAACAACUUCGCUGGAGAAUGCCAAGCCUCAGGUCAAACCCGGAUUCCUCCAGUUCCAGGAGAACGAUCCCUGCCUGGCAACGGACUGCAAGUAUGCCAACAAAUUCCACUUCCACUGUCUCUUUGGGAACUGCAAAUAUGUGUGCAAAACCUCUGGCAAAGCUGAAUCCCAUUGCCUGGACCACAUCAACCCCAACAAUAAUUUGGUGAACGUGCGAGACCAGUUUGCUUACUAUUCACUGCAGUGUCUCUGUCCAAACCAGCACUGUGAAUUCAGGAUGCGAGGGCAUUAUCACUGUCUUCGUCCUGGCUGCUACUUUGUGACUAACAUCACCACCAAGCUGCCCUGGCACGUGAAGAAACACGAGAAGGCAGAGAGAAGGGCAGCUAAUGGCUUCAAGUAUUUUACCAAGCGCGAAGAGUGUGGCAGACUAGGUUGCAAAUAUAACCAGGUGAACAGCCACUUCCACUGCAUUCGAGAGGGCUGCCAGUUCUCCUUCCUGCUCAAGCACCAAAUGACAUCCCACGCCAGAAAGCACAUGAGAAGGAUGCUGGGGAAGAACUUUGAUCGUGUUCCUACUCAGGUUAUUGGCCACGCUCCAAGAAAUGAAAAUCUUCCCCAGGUUGGCAGCAUGGCACCCAGCCCAGCCUCAUCAGGAACCCCAGCUUCCUUUCAGGGACCCCCAAGCAUGAUGGACACUGAAACAGAUGAGUACAUGGAUUACACUGGCUGUAGCCCUGGGGGUAUCUCCUCUGAAUCUUCUAAUAUGGACCGCAGCUGCUCCAGCACUCCAGUGGGCAAUGAAAGUACAUCAGCAGGCUGCCUGGUUCCUUCUACUGCUACCGCUGCUGCCGAUGAUGCUACCCACAAUGCACCACAACCUCAACCACCAUCUCUGCCUCCAUCUUUCUCACAAGCCCUGCUUAGGUCUCCUCUUCCCACCCUCCCCUGUCUCUUCUCUCCAUCUUGUCUCUCAUACUCUCUGCUCAGUGCCACUCUUGGAUCCAGCAGAGGCAUUGUCAUGCCUGCCGCCAGCACCACUGGGUUUUCGCCCAUCAUUGCCACUCCAACUCCAGUAAAAAGUGACGUUCCCUUAGUUCAGGAUGCAGCAGGGAAUACCAUCACUAUGCCAACUGCCUCGGGGGCCAAAAAGCGCUUCUGGAUUAUUGAGGACAUGUCCCCGUUUGGCAAGCGCCGCAAGACCGCAUCCUCACGCAAGAUGCUGGAUGAAGGGAUGAUGCUGGAGGGAUUUCGGCGCUAUGACCUCUACGAGGACUGCAAGGACUCCAGCUGCCAGUUCUCUCUCAAGGUUACCCACUACCACUGCACGCGGGAGAAUUGUGGCUACAAGUUCUGUGGCCGUACCCACAUGUACAAGCACGCCCAGCAUCACGAUCGUGUUGACAACCUGGUAUUGGAUGAUUUCAAACGCUUCAAGUCUUCACUGAGUUGCAACUUCCCAGACUGUCAGUUCUCUGGCAAUAGCACACACUUCCACUGUCUGCGCUGUGGCUUCCGCUGCACUGACAGCACCAAGGUGACAGCCCACCGUAAGCACCACGGCAAGCAGGAUGUCAUCAGUGCUGCUGGCUUCUGCCAGUUCAGCUCAAGCGUGGACUGCGAGGUGCCUGACUGCAAGUACAAACUCAAGUGCUCCCACUUCCAUUGCACCUACCCUGGCUGCAAACACACGGUGGUGGGCAUGUCACAGAUGGACUCGCACAAGCGCAAACAUGAGAAGCAGGAGCGAGGGGAGCUUCCUGCCAUCUCUCCUGGCCCCGAGGGCCUUGCCCACUCCACCCUUGAGUAUGACAUCCAGAACUCUUCCAUCAACCUGGACAGUUCCCUCAACCUCAGCACUGACAACAACAGCUCCCUCUUCUUCCUGCAGAACGCGGCUGGUGUGGGCCUCAAUGAUUCCCUGGACCUCAGCAAGAAGCAGUCGGAAGUCACUGAGGGUCCCUCACCGAGCAGAGCCGGGACUGCUUCUCAGGAGAGGGGGGCGGUGGCAUCUGCCUCAGGUGAUGUGGAGGAUGAGGAUGACUCUUCCCAAGAGGAUGAAGAGGAUGAUGAGGAGGAGAUGAAUGAAGAAGAGGAGGAUGACGAAGAGGAGGAUGAUGAUGAUGAUGACGAGGAGGAGGAUGAAGAGGAAGACCUGAACACAGAUUCUGAAGAAUCGCUGCCUGACCCUGAGGGCCUGGCCACUAAAGAAGAUGGAGAACCAGAGGAGGCUGCUUCUUCCACAGACCAUGGCAAUGCUUCCAGGCCACAGGGUGAGCCAGCCCUUACUCCAGCCCCAGCUCCUGCUCCAGCUCCAGCUGCUGCCCCAGCCUCUACUGUUGCUCCAGCAGCUUCUCCUUAAUCUCAGAGACAGCAGCGGCAGUGGUUUGGUUUUCCUCUGACACAGAAUUACUAAGAGGACCCCAUAUGAGGCAAGAACAAGGAUCAGGAUGGCAAGUAAAAAACAAACUCCGUGCCACACACACAUGAGAGAGAGAGAGAGAGAGAGGAAGGAAGGAAGGAAACCCACGCUCCUCCACAGGCCCCCUAAGAGAGACAAGUUUGCAGCAGGACUGGUGCUGCAUCACUUCAUUCUGCAGAUCACAGAACCUGGGGGCAGGACACAGCAAAAAAUACCCUUUUGUAUGGACACGAACCCUGAGGGUACCAGCUGCUUUUCCUUGCUCCCUGCAUGGUGCGUGGGGCCUGCGCCCAUCUGGGGACCCAUUGUUAUGGGAGGGGCUCUAUCCCCCCAUUUUUCUUUCUGGUUUGUUUUUUUUUUCCAUGUUUUCAGUUGUACGAUACUAAUAAUAAUCUCCACUUCUUGGAGGGGGGUGGGUGGGAACAACAGGUAAUGAAUUUUAGAAAUAUAUAUUUGUGUGUGUGUCUCUCUAUAUAUAAUGUAUACACACACACACAUAUAUAAAAUUCAAGGAAUUGGUGUCACAAAGACAGCUAGCUCAGCUUUUGCCAGUGGGAAGGAGGGGGUGAGGGGUGCGCACUCUCUCUCUCUCUCUCCCCCCCUCCCCCCCUUCUUUCUCCAGCAUUAAAUGAAUGGCAUCAGACAGCAAGGGUGGGAGUGGGUAUUUAUUGUCAUAUAAAUGAGGAUGCAUUAAUGAAUGAGCAGGGGUGGGAAUGGGACACUCCUCUGUUCUUCCAGAUCCUUUUUAAUAUUAAUGAUAAUAAUUUUGAAUGCUAUUUAUAUUGUAAAACUUUCUCAGUCUACACUUUCUCUGUAGGAUGCCUCUCCUCAUCCCUGCUGUUCUGCCUGUAGGGAUUUAGCUGAAGUAACUUGGGAAGAACGCAGCGGGCAGUUACAGGGUCUGUCACACUGGAGGACUGGGGUUAACCUCCCAUCCAGUUCCAUCUCAUCCCAACCCCGCAGUGCUUCCUCUCUGUUGAGGGUGAGGCGUUUUUGUGGUGCUUCAGUAUCCCCAUCUCAGGAGGUUGUGAGCUGACCUCUGUCCCACGGUGCAGCACCAGGAGCACCGUGCUCACAGAAGAGCGUCCUAGCCAUUAAAGCAGCCUUGAAAAUACAACUUGCUCUCUGACCAAGCAGUCAUACGAUGACAGGUAUGUCCCCACUCCCCGAGCCCUUGGCCCCAGCCUUUCACUGGGGGCGGGCAAGUCUGUCUUUCCACGUGGACCGAUACAGAUCUCUGGUGACAUCUGGGAGAGGGUGAAGGCACCACUGAAGAGGGAGGAGGCGGCAGGCGAACAUUCAGGAUCCCACUGUGGGAUGUCCUGCUCAGCACGGGGCUGGGGGGCCACAGCUGCUCCACAGCACGGGGGCAGCUACCGGCCCAGUCAUGACUCUUACAGCUCCAAAGCCUAAGGCUGCCGCAGCCCACGCAGCACAGAGAACUCGAAGAUGGGGGGAGAUGCUAGCUGAGGCCGGGAUGUAGCCAGCUAAGAAUUAAGGGAUUUCUGGGUCCAUGCUGAUAAAUUUUGACAAGUAGGGCUAAUAGCUUGGGCACUGCAUAAGCAAACGCAAUGAUACUGUGUUGAGAGCUACAACAUUCAGAAGCUUGGGCUUUCCCCUGGCUACAAGCUCUUUCCUGCUCCCUUUUCCUAGUCCAGUCUGGGAACACACACUACAGAAUACUGUCCCGGACUCCUGACAGGUGGGACAGUAGCUUUGACCCCAAAUCCUCACCUGAGUCAGAGAGAGGAGGCUUGUCUACAUACACCUGCACUCCAGAAGGACUAGCCAUAUGAAUUAAUUCUAAUAAGUUAUUUCAGUGCCAGUCUGUAAGUAUACCAGCCUAGCAAAAGGUUCCUUGUGUCUGAAGUUUGUCCCUUUUUUAAAAAAAAAACCCUAAUUAUUUUUUUCUAAUGUCAUGCAGGCGCCCCCUCCCCCCCCCAAUUCCAUGAGCACUUCAGCUCCAAGGGAUCCCCAUAAUUUGUUUUUACCCUUAACAGAUAAAAGCCUCGAGAAGUUUAGGUUGGUUUUUUUUGGUGUUUUUUUUUUUUUAAUUAUUUCCCUAAGGAACUGGUGCAGAUCAGGUCUGAUUUAUAAACAAGCAGCUCAGCUGUGUAAAUGUGGGGACAGAAUGUUCAGAUAAUGUUUCAAAAGGAAAGGCAAAAAAAAAAAAAAAAAAAGUUGUACAGUAUUUUUCCUGUAAAGGUUAUUACUAUAUAUAGAACAAAAGAGAAACCACCAAUGCCAGAGGGAUGGUGUGGGGGGGUCACCUGCCUUCUGGGUAGCCCUUAGAUUAUGGUUAAUUGUGUGCAAAUUUUUUUUCUCUCUCUUUUUUUUUUUUUUUUCUCUUUUUUUUCCCCCUCCUUCAAUGUAGUGUUUGUUUGUAGGGGGUGGCAGGGGAUGGGGGGGGCCUUAAUGCUGCGGUUUGAGGCUGACUUCACACUCCUAGCACUGACCGGAGCUGCACGAUUCUGAAUUCUAACUUGAAUUUUGUAGAGAUGAAACAAAUGAAAACAAAACAAAUGAAAUAUUGUUAUUACUAGUUUGUAGUUUAUUUAAUUCUUUGGAGUUCUUUUCCUCUAUCAGCUAUUUGUGUGGCUUUUAUUUUUAUAGGGGUGUUUUUUUUGUUUGUUUGUUUUUGUUUUGUUUGGUAUAUCCCCUGCCCUCAACCGUGUGUUUUCUAGCACAACCCAGUUCUUGCAUAUAAUGAAGCUCAUGUUCCUGGGGCAGAGUGAGGGAAUGAGGCCCUGGAAUUUCGAGAAAUUGCAUGGGGCAAAAAGAUUUUACUUUUAACGGCAUUUGCUGCAGGUUCUGUACUUGUACAUUUUCCCCAUAUUCAACUAUUUAGAUAGUACGGUGAUGGGCUCCAAGAGGAAUCCUUGGCUGUAGCACAAGCCACAUCUUGCAAAGCAAAUGUGUUUCUGUUGUACCGCUGCAAUCAACAUGUCUGUCAGUGACUUUUGUGGGAGCAGGAUCGAGCCUACUGCCUUCAGUACAACACCCCGCGAGGUUCACCUGACACCUGCCUGGGCGCGCUGCUGGCGCCGAAGGCGAGGGGGGGUCUGGUUCCAGGGGCGAGGCACGGGGCUCGCGAGGGCCCUGGUUCUGUGCGGGAGAGACGGGCUGUUUCCCUGCUGUUAGGAGCUGGGAACCUGCACCCUGACAUAGCGGUUUUACCUCUCCCCUUACACAUCUCACCAGACUCCACUGGCUGAAUCACUGCACAACAGUGGGAGAGAGCAGAAGUGUGUGGAGAAAGGGGUGAAAGACCUACUAGGUAGCGCUGCUCACGCCAGCCUGGCGUGCUGGGCGCUGGACGCAGCGCACCGUCCCAGGAGGCAGCCUUAGGCAGGUGCGGUCCGUGCUGGAUGGGGCCCUGUUCCACAUGUCCUUCUGGGUGGCUAAGUGUGCCAGAAGGGCCUGUGUUUAUCUAUGCACACCAUUUUCUCCCCCAAGGCACCCUACUUCUCCCUAACAUCUCAGCCUUUCUCCCAAACUUCUAUUGCCUCCUCUCCGGGAGCUGGCACAGGGAACGAGCUUGCUUUCCCAACAGGCUACUGCUGAACGUGACCAGCGAUCAGGGCCUGACGCGCAGAAGGUCAGGCACCCUCGGAGGACAGUGGCCACUGCCCUUCCAGACAGGGCCACCCAGCAGGCUGGCCCGACCCCCAGAGCCUUUGCCAAGUCCUGUUUCUGUAAACCUCUUACUAUGUCUCUAUUCGCAACAACAACAACAACAAGAAGUCAGGAAAGUUAAACCCGUCUUUUUAUUCUGCUGUGUUCAGGCUUUAAUCCAGCAAAACUCUUAAGCAGAUGCUUUCUGAACGGGCACAGGUCUGAGCCCAUGCUUAAGUGCUUUUCUGAACAAAGCCUCAGCAGCACAGAGAUCCCUGUUACAGCGAGGUGGCUUUUCACUUCAAGCUAUCAUAUCAACAGGACUGUUAAUACAACGCUAUUGAAAUAUGUGCUUAAACGAACGACCAGAGAAAGAGAGGGAUCCCACUGUGUAUGUGUGGGGGAUCUGUAUGAGGAGGGGGAAAGAGGAGAGAGGAAAUGGAACUAUUCUGUCCAAAACAAGAUAAAAACCAAACAAAAUAAACCUUCAGAUGGACCCUCCUGAUUCUGCUACCAUUCACUGCUGAAGAGCAAAAAAAAAAAAAAAAAAAAAGAAAUAAAUAAAAA